ACCAGAAGGGCUGUGGGUAGCUAGACCAGAAGGAGCUGUGGCCACAGGUGAACACACGCACAAGACCUCACACCAUGGAAGGAAAAUAUCCGCCCAUCCGGGGGAAACCGGCACAGAGGGACCAAAGGCUGCCCCAGGAUGACCCCUGGAAGUUUUUCUGCCUGGCAAUGACUCUGAUGCUGCUUCUGUUCGACCUCAUCCUAGGUGUGGUCCUGGCUGAGGUACUGCUGUUCUCCAACAAGAUGCAGGAAGACCUCAAGCAAAUGGACAUCCAAUUUGUGCAGGGUCUGGCAGAUGCUGGGCACGAGCGGGACAUCGUGUGGGGAGAGGUGUUCCGGCAAACGGAAGCUGUGCGGGCAGGCAACGAAUCCUCCUGCGAGCCCUGCCAUGAAAACUGGACGGCAUUUCAGGGCUCCUGCUAUCAAUUUUCCACACAAGAACUGAGCUGGUUCAAAGCCAAGGAUCACUGUACAGAGAAGGGUGCUCACCUGGUCAUCAUCAACAGCCAAGCAGAGCAGGAAUUCCUGAGUCCAAAGGAAAAUAAUGGCUACUGGAUUGGCCUCAGGAAACAAUACCCAAAGGGCAUUCACAAGUGGCAAGAUGGCUCAGUCCCUACCUUCCUCAACUGGCAUGAUACCAGAUCUUCUCACUAUGACUGUGCCUUCCUGGUGGGUUCUGGCUCUUGGUCCUCUACUACAUGCUAUGCGUAUUGGUAUCAUUGGAUAUGUGAGAAGCCACAGGUCUGCUGAGAUGCUCCCUUUCCUCUAUCUUCAGUCUUGGGAAAGAUUGUCUUGAUGUGUGACCUCAAAACAAUUCCCCAGCUUGGCUGCAGAAAAGGGGGUCUCCUGAAAGCCCUAGUCCUCUUGGUAGCGUUGUCUCCCUUUCUUUCCCUUACUUCUAAAUUUUGUUGGGGUACAUGUAAAAUAACACCAAGAUGAAACAAUGAGCAAAAUAUAUCGUGUAGGACAUUCUACAAGACAAAUAAUCUAGCUUUGAAAAAAAAAUGACAGAAAGGCAAAUGUCAUAUUAUUAGAUAUGAUAAAAUAAAAUAUAAAUAGAUAAAAUAAAAGAGUCUUAACUGAGAAUAAACUGACAGUUGAUGGGGGGUGGGAGGGAGGGGAAAGUGGAUGAUGGGCAUUGAGGAGGGCACCUGUUGGGAUGAGCACUGGGUGUAGUAUGGAAACCAAUUUGACAAUAAAUUUCCUAUUAAUUAAAAACACAAAUAAAAUUUGAAUCUCAUAUAAAAAAAUAAAAGAGUCUUAACGACGUAACUCAA